CCCCUGAAGAGUCCUUGUGACUCCUGUUGACCGAACGUAGUGAAUGCAGUUAGCCCCGGAGGCUAGCCCGCCAACAGGGUCAUUCCCGCCUCCUAGGGUCGCCGGGACCGCGUGCCCUCCAGCUGCCUCCUUCGCCAGGUUCUCCAUUUCUUGUGUGAAAAGAUAAGACAAUUACUUUCAUUUUUCACUACGGAUUUUCAGCUACUGAUGUUACAAUCAAUCAAAUACUGGAGCAUAGAGUUGAGGAAAAGACUUAAACCAGAUUUUUCUUCAGUCAGUUAAAAAUAUGGAUCCUGAAUCAGAGGGGCCACAGAUUAUCAAAGUGACACCUCUUCAGCAAAUGCUCGCUUCUUGCACUGGAGCUAUACUGACUUCACUAAUGGUGACACCCCUCGAUGUUGUUAAAAUUCGACUCCAAGCCCAAAACAACCCAUUCUCCAAAGGAAAAUAUUUUGUGUAUAGUAAUGGACUUAUGGAUCAUCUAUGUGUCUGUGAAGAGGAAGGCAACAAAGCAUGGUAUAAGAAACCAGGACGUUUCCAGGGUACAUUGGAUGCCUUUUUGAAAAUUGUUCGAAAUGAGGGCAUUAAAUCCCUGUGGAGUGGCCUUCCCCCAACCUUAGUGAUGGCAGUUCCUGCCACAGUUAUUUAUUUUACCUGCUAUGAUCAAUUAUCUGCUCUCCUGAGAUCAAAAUUAGGAGAAAAUGAAAGUCAUAUACCAAUUAUUGCCGGAAUUGUUGCCAGAUUUGGUGCAGUAACUGUGAUAAGUCCAUUAGAAUUGAUUAGAACCAAGAUGCAAUCUAAGAAGUUUUCUUACAAAGAAUUGCAUCGAUUUGUCAGCAAGAAAGUAUCUGAAGAUGGUUGGAUUUCCCUUUGGAGGGGCUGGAUUCCUACUGUUCUUAGAGAUGUACCAUUCUCAGCAAUGUACUGGUAUAACUAUGAAGUUUUAAAGAAGUGGUUGUGUGCGAAAUCUGGUUUAUAUGAACCAACAUUUAUGAUCAACUUUACUUCAGGGGCAUUGUCUGGUUCUUUUGCAGCUGUUGCAACUUUGCCAUUUGAUGUGGUAAAAACACAAAAGCAGACUCAACUUUGGACAUAUGAAAGUCAUAAAAUUUCUAUGCCUUUACCUAUGUCAACCUGGACUAUCAUGAAGAACAUUGUUGCUAAGAAUGGAUUUGCAGGAUUAUUUACAGGCCUCAUUCCCCGUUUAAUUAAAAUUGCUCCUGCUUGUGCUAUUAUGAUCAGUACCUAUGAAUUUGGGAAGGCUUUUUUCCAAAAGCAAAAUGCUCGAAGACAACAAUACUAGUGAUGCUGUUUCAACUUGAAUUAACAACCAAAGCCAAAUAAUAAGAUGGAGACUCUUAGGCAAGAACUCUUUCACCAUUAUCUUAAAAUUAUUUUAUAUAUUUCUUUCUUAUAAUUUAAAUGAGCAGUAAUUUCUCCUUUGCCUCUGAAUCAUAACCCUAAUUUUAAAAUAAAUUGUUAGUCUGAUUUUUGAGAUAUUGAAAAAGAUACUCCAGAAGUCACACCAUUAAAUGUUCCUGUAAAGAAAAGAAAAAUUAUUCCUUAGCACUGAAAGUGAUAAUCUCUGAGAGUUUGAUAUUAUAGAUUUCGGUAUAACAUCAUUGGGAAUGUGUCAGAUAUAUCAGAACAUUUUGAAUUGUGUGUUGAAUGAUGUUCAGAGUCUAGAAGAAAAAUGCCUGUCUCUAACACACACUUAAAUCAUGCACAUAGAUAUUUAAGUAUUCCAACAAAGUAGAUAAUAGAUGGCAGUCUUUAGAUAACAUUAUUCGCAUUUAUCUAAUUACCUAUUAGAUUUUCUUUAAUUCAAAUGCAUUAGUUUUUUGUUUUAUUUUACACCUCCUCUUGCUGUGAUAAGGCUUCACCAGUAUUAGGAUUUCUCUGCCUAAAGGUAUGGCUGUUUUAUCUUUAUGAACCAGAAUAUAACUGUUUAUGUGAUAAAGAUAUUUUUGGUGACUAAAGACUCUGUAUUAUCUACUGUUUCUACAAGAGAGAAGGAGUCUUUACUGAUUGCAUUAAAUGUUUGGCACAGUGAAUCUUGGGUGUGCAUAUAUUUAGAGUGGUAAAAAGAACAUUUCAGCCUGGGAAGGGCCCUGGUUUCAGCCGUCUUAGAAUCCAGGUAUCACUGUUUGUGGAGCUCUCGAGGUCACACGUAUUGUCUUCUUCUAACAACACUGAGAUUAACACAAUAUAAGCCACAAGUACUUACUUCCACAAUGUCCCUUGAUUGUACACAUCUCAUGUUAGUAUGCUACAUCAAGAGACUAAAGAGACCGCUGUUUCCUUGAAGAAACAGCUUUAUUCACUACAGGCAAAUGGCUCAGUAAUGUAGCUCGUGGCUGUAGGAAUGAAACAGGACUAUGCUGGACGGAUGGAAAUGUUCUGUUAUUUUUGUUUUUGAUUUAUUUUCUCAGGAUCUAUAUCCUAUAAGAAAAAGCACUUUAUUGCAGUCUGUGUGUAUGCUAUGACAAUGUGAAGUUGUUGUUUUUUUUUCCCUAAAAUAGAGUAAUAUAGUUAGGUGACAGAUCUCUAGUGUUGGUAGAGGAAUUAUUUAUUUUGUAUUUUAGUAGAAAAGAGUUCAUAUGUUUUGUCAGAAAUAAACUAUAUAGGGUUUGUAUGUAAUCUUUUGUGUCUACUUUAUCCUGUGUUGAUUUACCUUAAAUUUUUAACACACAUAUCUAUAAAAUCAUAAAUGUUUAUGCUUUCUUAAAAUUAUCACUGUGCGUCAAGCUAAAUAUUUUCAUAUAAAAUCAUUAUGUUAAUGCUGUAUUUUAUAUAAGAAAGUUUAUCUUGAACACUGCUGUCUAACAGUAUUAAAUUUAAAUUUACCUUUGUUCUGUUAUGCUUCUUUUUGGUAACUGGUAGAAAAGAGAAAAAUUUAAAUUUAUAAUUAUUAAGAAGCAGUCACAUAUUUCAACUUAAUAGAAAUAACCAGUAGGGAAAUCCCCAUCACCCUCCCACCCCCAAAACGGACUGCACUUAUGGAAAAUUCUUACCAUUUAUGCCUAAAAUAAACAAAUCUAAUUCCCUAGUAGCUUUUCUAGUACAUAUUACAGCCAUGUAUCUGGAUGAAAAGGGUGAAUUGAAGCUUUCUUUAUACUUAAGUGGUAAAGAAGCAUUAAUGCCUUAUUUAAACAAAAAAAAUAGUAGCAACAAAAGCACUUGGCUAGAAAUUAUAUUCUUGGUCAUGUUUCUGAAAGCAGAUAGUUUCGAUCUGCGUGAAAUUUUCUAACAAAUACAUUUACUUCCUUAUGUGUAUAUUUUUAAAAAAGAAAUGCAAGUUUUACAUGUUUGCCACCUUCCAUAUAAUACACAUUUGACUUUUUGAACAAGUAGAUAUGAAGUUAAAAUAAAUUUUUUAUUUCUAGGAAACUAUUCACUGUGCUUAUUUAAUCACAUGACUCCUUUAAAUUCUUCUCUCUUUCUGGAGCAUGAAUUCCAGGGAUAUGGGAAAGUUUAGUAUAUCAGGUUUUAAUUUUUUUUCCAAAAUAAACUUUUAAAAUAAAUUUUAACCUAUCA